UUUGUAGUCGUUUUAACAAUUAAGCUGUGAUUGUAGCCUGUUACAUAAAAAAGACAUUUAAGUUUCACGAUUCAUACAUGUAACAUUUUCAAAGUUCGGUACGUACUACUUUUUUAGUGUUUUAAUAAACGUUCAUAUUUGUAGUUUUAGCCACUUUUAACUAUUUGUUUGUAACGUCCUUUUUUAACUUGUAGACGUAUCUCCGUUUUUAACCCUGUAAUUUUAGUAAAAUAUUUAGAAUUUGUUGCACCACUUUACACAAAAUUCGUACUUUUUACGUUAAGAACACGACGCGCACUUCUUUGCCCUAAGGCGUUCACGGACAGAAAGACUCUGCACUUGCUAGGCCGAAUCUUCACCACCUCGAAUUACAUAAAGUUCAUCCGACCGUCACACCAAUAUAUAAGCACGUCAUCAAACGGAACUGACGUGUGCGACGUUGAUUGGGUGAUAACACUUCCUCGCAAUAACAAAAGCCUGUUCAUCCGCGCCCAUGGGUAUCUCUCGGGAGAGAGUAGCCGCGUAGUGAGAGGGAUGGGAGGUAAAAUGGGACGAACCCCUGAGUGGCGAUUGUUUUGACGUCUCUCGAUGAGAGUUAGUGAGAACCCCUUACCAGGGAUGUAGUCGAUUUAGAAAAAGUGUCGGAGACACAUUAUUUUUAUGUACAAGUAACAAACGGUUACAUUACCUCAUCAUCCCUUCUCAAAAUGAAUGAAGUAUCAUUCAUUUUGUAAUUGGGGAUAUGAAUGCAACAGUCCUUUAAAUCAAUUCUCAUUUUAAUGAAACAAAAUGAAAAUUUUACUUUCGGUUCGAUAUAAUCACGAUCAGUCUACUUCUCAAUCAGCAUAUGAUAGGAACAGAAUCGUGUAACUCAGUAGGACUCACUUAUUGACGGUCACUCAUGACAUCAGUCGAACAGUGAACAAGAUUAUAAGAAGAAUCAAUAUUUCAAAUGUAAACAUUGGAGUAGAAGCUGAUGGUUUUUCGAAACAGUUUUUGGUUGAUUUUCACGCUAAACCUGCAGGAGGAAAAAUCCGGAAGUGCCUCAACUAGUGACGAAUUGACAGGAGCAUCUUUUACAAUGAUGGAAUUUCACAACUCAUCCGAACGACGUCGUAAAUUAAGCGAUGGAUGGACGUUGCUGAGCCUUUUCCAGUCUUCACAUACCAGGGCCUGCAGUGCCAAGGACGGAAGGGAAUCAGCCCCGGAGAUCGGUUCUGGUAAGUUUUAUGUAUCGUCGAAGUUGGUCAACAGUUACUUUGUUGUGUUUUCUUUUUUUUUCUUUUCUUUUCAGGUGCUGGGCUUCAAAUCAGUCGCGGAAAAAACACCAAUGGGUUUUCCGGAGGAGUCAGCCAACUCGUACGAGUUUGUACCAACUCUUGCGAGCACCGUACAGGGAAGGUACACUGGACCUAGCUUGGCGUUAUACCUGUUGGCGAAAGAGGACUGGCGAAAAUUCCGCUUGUAAACCUGCUGGCCGAUUUCGUACACUGGAGAAGAAGUUUUUGAACGUAAGUUGUAGUUUUUACUAUUUUUCUCGUAGUUUUUCCUUAUAUUGGUUUUUACUAAG